AUGAAAUUCGCAAAGGAACUUGAAGACGAUUUGGUGCCAGAAUGGCGGGCCAAGUACAUCAAUUAUAAGCAAGGAAAGAAGAAGAUCAAGGAGAUUUCUAAAGCGCUUCGAAGCGCCAGUCGAACACCAAAAACCCCAGGAAAACCUCAGUUACCGCAUUUCGAUUCUACCGCUAGCAUACCUUAUACUCACUAUGAUUUCGAAGCAAGAGCCCAGCGAGAGGCCAAUAAUGGCAAGACUCCGCAAAACAUGUUUGCUCAGAAGGGCCAUACCAGGGCAGGUAUGCAAGCUCAAUAUGCCAAUAUGCGCAAGAUGAGCACAACCAUGUUUUCCACUUCUCCUCCUAUUCGUGCGCCAGACGCAGCAGCAGACAGUGACAGUGAGGAGGGCUCUGACUUGUCGGAUGUGGAGGACGAGGAGAGCACACCACUUAAGAAGGCGGUGACUGGCAAGUCCAUCACAGAAACACCAGCAAGCUAUGGCAGUUUCUCUCCGCCAGGAAGGACCGAUCCUACACAAAGUGCAGAAAAUGCUCAACAAUCUGGUCGAAUGCCGAAACUAGCUCUUCCCGAUCCUGCCCUAGAUCCAGGUAAAGAACGAACACACACUCCACCAGGCAUUCCGUUCGAGCAACAAAGAUCCGCAUCUGAUUUCCAGAGUACACCACCAUCGCAGAAUGCACAGAGGCCGGAGACUAAGAAACACAAUUCCCACCCUCUCUUAAGAUCGAUUGUACAGAGGAAGAUGGAUCAGAGUCAACAGGGGCCACAGGAUGGAGCUCCUGCUACAAAGUUAUCUGCAAGAGAGCGUUUCAAAAGAGCUUUUAGUGCGAAGCAGAUCAACACGCCCGAGAUGCCCUCUGUUCAACAGGAAGCUUAUGUCGAACUCGACCGCAGACAAGAUGAUUUCUUCAGUUUCUUGGACAAGGAGCUUGAUAAGGUAGAAAAGUUCUAUCAGCAGAAGGAAGACGAAGCACGCGAUAGACUCGGUGCAUUGCGAGCCCAGCUCCAUGAACACAGAGACCAAAGAGCUCGCGACAUGAGGUUGGAGAGGGAAGGUCGUCUGCACCAUCCGCAGCGAGAAGGACAAUUCGCGGAAAUACUUGCCGAAACAGAUUUGCAUCAAAAUUCAGCGGGCAAGGACUUCCAGAACGGAGCACUGUUCAAGAAAGUCUUCAAGAACGAACCAAAGGUUGGGAAAACCAGCCGGGCCAUGGAGAACAUGGCCACUCCACCAGGCUCGCCUGGGACAAAAGCGCAGCAGGACAAGAAGGAUUACACGAAGAAGAAGACGGACAAAGUUAAUGAACGUGUUCCAUACAGAUUCGCCAAGCGUCGACUAAAGUUGGCCAUGCAAGAAUUCUAUCGAGGCAUGGAGUUGCUGAAGUCUUACGCCUUGCUGAACCGUACUGGCUUCCGCAAGAUUAAUAAGAAGUACGACAAAGCUGUGAACGCACGUCCUCCUCUACGUUACCUGAACGAGAAAGUCGCCAAUGCUCAUUUUGUCAAAAGCACCUUGAUCGACGAAUUCCUUGUCACUAUUGAGGAUUUGUAUGCCAGGUAUUUCGAGAGAGGCAACCGAAAAGUUGCUGUCAGCAAGCUGCGCUCAAGGCUUCAGCAGGGUGACCAUUCACCUUCGGCCUUCCGGAACGGACUGUUCCUUGCUGCCGGAGCUGGGUUCGGAGUCGCUGGCUUAUACAAUGGGCUGGAUAUUCUAUACAACGGCGAUCCCGCCAUCAAGACAGUUACCUCUUACUUGCUGCAGAUGUAUGCUGGAUAUUUCUUAGCACUCUUGCUCUUCCUCAUGUUUGUACUGGACUGCAAGAUCUGGACCAUGGCUCGAAUCAAUUACACGUUCGUAUUUGAGUACGAUACACGAAGCGUACUCGACUGGCGUCAAUUAGCAGAGAUACCUUGCUUCUUUGCCUUCCUUCUAGGCCUCACAGUGUGGUGCAACUUUGCAUUCGGCAUGCACUACAUGUACCAUUGGUGGCCCAUCGUACUCUUCGGCCUUACAGUUCUCAUCAUGUUUCUGCCUUACAAAAUAUUCUACUACCAUUCGAGGGUGUGGUGGGCCUACAGCAAUUAUCGACUUAUCUUUGCAGGGAUUUUUCCUGUCGAGUUUCGAGAUUUCUUCCUGGGCGAUAUGUACUGCAGCUUGACAUAUUUCAUGUCACAGCUUGAAGUGUUCUUUUGUGUCUACCGGUGGAACUGGCAGAACCCGUCACGAUGCAGCUCCAGUCAUUCAAUGCUACUUGGGUUUCUGACGACAUUGCCGGCAAUCUGGCGUUUUGCUCAAUGCGUUCGGCGAUAUUUAGAUUCUGGAAACAAGUUUCCACAUCUUGCUAAUUGUGCCAAAUACAUGGGUAACAUAUUGUACUAUAUGACAUUGUCGUUGUACAGAAUACAUAUAGGCACCGAGCAGAAGACGAAGUACAAGAUCGCCUUCAUCGUCUUUGCAGGUCUAAAUGCAAUCUAUUGCUCUAUAUGGGACGUCUUCAUGGAUUGGAGUCUGGGCAAUUUCUUUGUAAAGCACCGAGGACUGCGUGGCACGCUGGCCUUCCGAAAACAAUGGGUCUACUGGCUGGCGAUUCUUGAGAAUACUGUCUUGCGCCACCAAUGGAUAUUCUAUGCUGUAUUCGCCGAGGAUUUGCAGCACAGCUCUGCUGUGAGCUUUUUCGUCGCUCUUGCCGAAGUCGGCCGAAGAGGAAUCUGGACGCUUUUCCGCGUUGAGAAUGAACACACUAAUAAUGUCAAGCAGUUCAGAGCAUCACGAGAUAUCCCAUUACCUUAUUCGCUGAAUGUUUCACCCAAGGCAGAGGGACAGGAACAAGACAGUCCUAAGGUUCGCCGCAGAAAAGCUGACAAGGACGAUGGUACUCCGCAAACACAAGGGCGAGAUUCAGGCACUGCCACUGGCGCAGAGACAGACCUCGAGCGUCAAAGUACAAAUGAUUCUAGUUCUACGUUGCGGUCGAGGAUGACCACUACUCCAGCUCUUCGGGCACUACACCGUGUUGGCACUGUCAUUGCCGCGGCGCAUGCUCAAGACUUCCAGAAGAAGAAACGACUCGAGCUCGGAACCUCACCUGACGAUACACCUAUGGUAAAUAGAGGCAGGCAGUACGACAGCGAGGACGACGAUGACGAAGAGGACGACAAACACGAUAUUGAAGGGUCCGAGUUUGACGACACAGAGGCUGCCGAGUACAAGAACAGAUCUCGAGGUCAAGACAAUGAUCAAGACAAGGAGAACGCACAGCGUGAAUCGGAUGACGGUGGCGAAGGGAGUUCAGGCGAGAGUCAUACGCACGAGCAUACAGAAGAUGUUGACAUCGAGAACAAGGAUGAUGUUGAUGAGGCCAGAGAGCUUGCGAUAAAAUAUCGAGCUGAUGAAGGUCUACGAGGAAGCUCUUCGAGUAAAGACAAGUAG